AUGUUCCCAAAUCACAGCACAGACGAUCAAGCCAAACGAGAAGCUGAUCUUAACACCUUUAAUAACAGCAUCUUACAAGGCUCACUUGGAAGCCUUUUUAAGCACUUUGUCUCAUCGGAUGAAGCAUCUUCAGCAAACGUAUCACUUGCCAACGCUCCUGGUGACGAUUACAAACGACUGGUGGAAAAAUCUCGAGUAAAACGACAAAUGACCAAGUCUACCAGCGGCUAUUCUAUUGCAAGCUUAAGCAGCAACGCUAGUAGCAGCAGCAGUGAUGAGGAGGAUGACUUGAAUGAUUAUCAUGACAAGGCACCUAUGCCCAUGCAAUUACCAUCAUCAUCACCAUCAUCAUCAUCUCCCAUGAACAAGUCCUCACCCACGCGGCAAAAUACAUAUGGGUUUGCUGUGGGUCAUCCCAUCAUCCUUCCCAUUCCACCACAGCAUGAGUCUCGUAGCAGACGUGUUACAGUGGUGGAUAAGAUGUACGAUUGGCUGUUUGCACGCGAAGAUCGUUACUUUAAUGCCGAUCGAAAAGAAUUGAGCAAAGAUAUAUUUCCGGCGGGUACCGAACAACAACAUCAAGUGCUGUGA